GUUUUUUUCCUAAUGGGGAUCCCAGGCCUAGAAGGCGCUCACUUCUGGAUGGCCUUCCCCUUCUGCUCCAUGUAUCUGGUCGCUUUGGUGGGGAACAUCACCAUCCUCCUUGUGGUCAGAAGGGAGCCGAGCCUCCACUUGCCCAUGUAUUACUUCCUUUGCAUGCUGGCCAUCCUGGACUUGGUGCUGUCCACCUCCACCGUGCCCAAGAUCCUCGGUAUCUUCUGGUUCCACUCCCACACAAUUGGCUUCAAAGCUUGUGUGAUCCAGAUGUUCUUCAUUCAUGGUUUCUCAGCUGUGGAGUCAGGCGUGCUGCUCGCCAUGGCCUUUGACCGUUACGUGGCAAUCUGUGACCCCCUGCGCUACACCACCAUCCUCACCACCUCUGCUAUUGCCAAGAUUGGAUGUGCAGCCUUCAUGAGGGGCAUUGGGUUCAUGACCCCUUUGACCUGCAUGGUGAGCCACCUCCCAUACCGUGGGCCCAAUGUCAUUGCCCAUUCCUACUGCGAGCACAUGGCUGUGGUGAAGCUGGCCUGUGCAGAUACAACACCCAACAACAUCUACGGGAUCACUGCCGCCACCUUUGUGGUGGGCUCGGAUUCGGUCUUCAUCGCUGUCUCCUAUGCGCUCAUUCUCAGAGCAGUCCAAGGCCUGUCCUCUAAAGAGGCCCGGCAGAAGUCCUUUGGCACCUGUGGCUCCCACAUCUGCGUCAUCCUGAUCUUCUACACCCCUGCCCUUUUCUCCUUUUACACUCAGCGCUGGGGCCACAAUAUCCCUGCACAUGUCCACAUCUUCUUGGCUGACCUUUACCUUCUGGUGCCCCCCAUGCUGAACCCCAUCAUCUACGGCAUGAAAACCAAGCAACUCCGCCAGCAAGUGCUCAAGCCGUUCUUGCAACCCAACCUGAGUCUUGAUUCCAGCUGUUAG